UCAGACCAAACACUUGACAUUUGCUAGCUGUGUGACCCUGGGCAGGGGCGGAGGAGUUUCUGAACACUCUCUUCCUCAAUGGCUCCUAAGCGCAAGGCAGCUUCUGUAAGCACUGGAACACCCAAGAAGAAGAAAGCAGAGGCAGAGAUCGACUUGCGCUCAACCAUAGAGGCCCUUAACGCUGCCCCCAAGGAGACAUGGAAGGCUCGGGUGGAUUCCAUGUGCCCACUCAGCAGCAACCCUGCUGUCCAGGUACAUGAGGAUUACGACUGUGCACUGAACCAGACCAACAUAGGAAACAACAACAACAAAUUCUACCUCAUCCAGCUGGUGGAUGACAACGGUCAUUACGGCUGCUGGAACCGCUGGGGUCGUGUGGGGGAGACGGGCCAGUCCAAGCUAAAGUUUUUCCCCUCCUUGGAUGAAGCCAAGCAAGACUUUGAGAAGAAGUUCUGGGAAAAAACUAAGAACCGCUGGGCCGAUCGGGACAACUUUGUGGCCCACUCGGGCAAGUACACACUCAUCGAAGUGCAGGCUGAUGAUGGUGAGGAAGGCCAGGAAGGCGCGGUCAAGGUGGACAGUGUGAAUGGGGUCCAGGCUGGUCAGUGGAAUGUCAAGCCCUGUACCCUAGAUGCCCCCACCCAGGAACUGGUGUCCCUCAUCUUCAGCCAUGAUAUGUUCAAUGAUGCGAUGAAGACCAUGAACCUUGAUGUUAAGAAGAUGCCCUUGGGGAAGCUGAGCAAGCAGCAGAUUGCCAAGGGCUUUGAGGCCUUGGAGGCCCUAGAGGCUGCCCUACAGAAGAGCCCAGAGGCAAAACAGCUGGAGGAGCUGUCCUCCCUCUUCUACACAAUCAUCCCCCAUAACUUUGGCAGGGCCCGGCCCCCACCCAUCAACUCUCUGGAGGUCCUUCAGGCCAAGAAGGACAUGCUGUUGGUCCUGGCUGACAUUGAGCUGGCCCAGGCCCUGAAGGCUGGACAGGAGGAAGAAGAAAAGAAGAUAGAGGUGGAAGAAGUGCCUCACCCACUGGACCGUGAUUACAAGCUCCUGCAAUGCAAGUUGCAGACACUGGCAACUGAUACUCAUGAGUACAAGCUGAUUGAAACCUACCUGAAGAAGACAGGAUGGCCUCAUCUCCGCGUUCUCCAUGUCUGGAAAAUUAAUCGAGAGGGGGAGGGAGAGCGGUUCCAGGCCCAUGACAAGCUAGAGAACCGACGGUUGCUGUGGCAUGGAACUAACGUGGCAGUGGUGGCUGCCAUCCUCAAGAGUGGCCUCCGGAUCAUGCCCCACUCAGGGGGGCGUGUGGGGCAGGGUAUCUACUUUGCUUCUGAGAACAGCAAGUCAGCUUGUUACGUGUUGUCUUCCUCUGUGUUAUUGUGGUGGUUGCUCCACACGCUCUACAGAUUACCCCACCUCUACUCCUCAGCCUCCGUGAGUCAUGGCAAAUUCAAACUCAGUCUGCCCCGGCCCACAGUGAGAGCUACCCAACCCGGCUCCCCAUCCUGGUGGAGCCUGUGCCCAGUCAUCCAACGGGCUGACCUUUAGAGAGCACUUUAAGAUUUGCAAAGAGCUCCCCAUACGGCAUCUCAUCCCAUCUUCCCAGGACCUCAGAGAAGCAGGUGCUACCCUCACCCCUAUUUUGUGAAUGAGGAGAGUGAGGCUCAGAGAGUAGCCCCACAGCUAGUAAGUGUCUGCAGCAGGAUUGGAACCCGAGUCUUCUUGGUGCUAGAUCCGCCUACGUGUCUCCACUGUGUCUUGGUGCCUCUGCUUAGAGACAACUAUAAUGUGUCCCCAAGAAUGAAAUGACAAAUCUUCUCAAAAUUUAAAAUUAUUUUUGCAUAUGCCAUGUUCCCUUAGAUUGUGAGCAUCAUGAAAGUAGGGAUGGUGCCUUUUUUGAACUUUGUAUCUCCCCUCAGGACUUAGCACAGAGCUCUGUGCAUUGUAGGUCAUGAACAGUUACUCUUUGAAUGAGUGAAUGAAUGAAUGAAUGAAUGAAUGAACAGCCAGCCUUAGUGCUUCAUUCUCAGAACCCUUAUCCUUAGCCUGCCUCAAACCUGUACUGUUUGCCACCACCACCACCACCACCACCACCAUGUUUAUUUGGUUAGACAUUUGCCCUCUUCAGGACCCAAGAUUCAGCUGAGCCUGUUAGCAAGUAAUUUAUUUAUAUGGGAGAGUAAGAGUAAAAUUUAUGAUAGACAGAAACCAGAGAGAUGCCCAGGGCUAAUUGGCCAAUGCACCUGGCUGCCCUGAGCUUCUCAGUCCAAGCUCGUCUGAUCCCUACCCUGUCCGGAAGGAUCCAGUUGGCCUCUUGGGCAAUUGUUGGUGAUAACUUCUCUGUCCCCUUCAAACCUUCACUCUGUCCAUGUAAGUACCCUUGCAUGUAUCCUGGAUUAAAAGCUCCUUCUGAUGCCUCUACCCUAAGUUCAUGAGAAUUUUCUUUUAUCCUGUUCCAUCCCUUCCCUGUCUCAUCUCCUAGUAGGGUGUUUGUCUAUGCUAUCUGAGGUUGUGCCCGGAACAGGGCAGAGCUCAGGGAUCUGACCAGAGUUCCCUGUC